AUGCCGCCCGAGGCGCCGGCCGCGGCGGCCUGCCGCGGCACGGUGGAGGGCACGGCCGGGCCACCCUGCGGCGGCGCCGUCGCCGCCGCCGCCGGCGCUCCCGCAGAGGCCCCGGGGAGCGGCAUCGCCGGGCCGACGCCGCCGAAGGGUGGCCUCCUCGAGCGCGCCUCCCGGGGCUCCGGGACGCCGAGGGCGCGCUACGCGCCCGCGGGCGAGGGCCAGCACUGCACGGACUCGGCCAGCACCGGCAUACCCGGCUCGGUGUCCGAGCCCGGCAUGUCCGCCAAGGCGUUCCGCGCUUCUGCGGCACGAGGGGCCAAAGAACGCUCGAUCAGCCGCUCGUCCUCCCACCAGACUGACCUGUCCGACGCGGCGUCGCGGCGCAGGAGGCCCUCCUUCAACAGCGGCGACGUGGCGAAGAGCGCCCACUCGGCCAGCAUGCGUCGCUCGUCCUCGCACAUAUGCUUGGAUCAGCUGCCUUCUGGCGCUGCGGAGUGCACGCCUGAAAUGGUCGAGCGGAUGUUGCACGACGAGUCAGAGAAGAUGCUGAAGAAGUUCACCUCUCGGGCCUACGAAAACGAUUACGAGGCGGUUCAGCUCGAGCAGCAGCUCACUUGCCGGGUGUCCACCUGUUCGAAGGGCUCGAACAAGUUGGCCAAGAGAGACGAGUUUGACGCCGCCGUAGUAUCUCCCAAGCCUUCACCGCAGGGCCCCCCGUCUCUCUUCCCAGGCCCGGGCUUGCCCAGCAGCCUGGCCCAGGAGGAGUUGGAAAAGUAUUUGGGGAAGGUCUCGUUGAUGAAGUGGCUGGUGACGGCCGCGGCCGCCGUCAUCAUCGCCGCCCAGGCUGCAGCGAUCAUUCUGUCUUCCCACGCCGUGUCUGCCUGGAAGGUGGACGUGGUGAAGGAACUGAGCCAGUCAUCGACCGUUGGCCACUUUCAUGCCUUCAUGUUCCUGCUGUCGUACGCCCUGCCGUGCUCUCUGGGCGCCGCGCUGCUCGUGACCUACGUGGCGCCCCAUGCCGGAGGCAGCGGCAUCCCAGAGAUCAAGGCGUACCUCAACGGCAUCAACAUGCCCCAGGCUUUCACGUUCAGGACAUGGGCCUCGCGCUCCGUGGGGCUGUUCCUCGUCACCUCUUCGGGCCUCUUCGCCGGCACCGAGGGCCCCUUUGCGCACCUGGGGGGCAUCGUGGCGUCGGCCUUCGCGGAGGGCCCGCCGCCCGUCGUGCUCCGCCGCUCGUGGAGGUGGCCGCCGGUGCUCCAGGGCCACCGCAACCGCUGCGAGUUCAUCUCCCAGGGCGCCGCGAUGGGCGUGGCGGCGGCGUUCGGGGCCCCGGUGGGCGGCAUCUUGUUCAGCCUGGAGGAGGCGUCCUCGUUCUGGAGCCGCAGCCUGACCUGGCGGGCCUUCUUUGGCGCCAUGGUGGCCGCGGUGCUGGCCAAGUUCAUCAAGAGCGGCCUGCGGUCCAUCAGCGGCUCUGGCUUCAUCGAGUUCCCCGACAAGGACGCCAGCUUCGAGACCUGGGAGCUGGGCACCUUCGCGUGCCUUGGCAUCGUCACGGGCCUGCUGGGCGCCCUGUUCUGCAACGCGGUGCAGACGACGCUCAGAGUGCGGCGGCGGAUAUUCCAGCUCGGAAGCCCCACGUCCGCCACCAAGCGAAUGCGCCUGCUCGAGGUCGCCAUCGUUGUGGUGUUCACCACGUGCGUCUGCCUCUGGCCGGCCGUGCUGGCUGGGUGCGAGGAGGCUGGCGCAGCUGGCUCGGAGGAACAUCGCAGGCUCGGCGGCGGCUCGGCCGAGGGCCCCCCGGACGUGACGGGGGGGAUCUGCCAGCCUGGCGAGUUCUCCACCAUGGGCUUCAUCCUCCUCUCGCCGAAGGAGGCCGCCAUCAAGACGCUCUUCAGCAGGGAGAUGGCGUCGGGCGCCCAACUCGGCGUCGGGAGCCUGCUCGGGUCUUUCGCGGUCGUGUGGGGGACCACCAUCGUCACCUUCGGUUCCGCCAUGCCCGUCGGCCUGUUCAUUCCAAACAUCUUGGCGGGGGCCUGCCUCGGGCGGGCCGUUGGCCAGCAGCUCUGCGAUUCGGGCCUCUCCGUGAAGCCUGACGUGUACGCUCUGAUGGGGGCGGCGGGCGCGCUGGCAGGCUUCAGCCGCAUGACUAUCUCUCUGGCGGUGAUCUUCCUGGAGAUUACCAACAACAUGUACAUGCUGCUGCCGCUGAUGCUUGUCAUCAUGUCUAGCAAACAGGUGGCGGACCUCUUCGGCCCAAGCGUUUACGACAUUGUCCUGGAAAGCAACCCCGAGGUGCACAUCCUCGAGGACGGACUCAGCGAGGACCACCUAUUGGUCCUCGAAGGGCUGACCGUUCACGACGUCGCCACCACGGAGGUGAUCGUUCUUAGGGCCUUCGAGCCGCUAGAGAAGGUGAUGCAGCUGCUGCUGCAGACGUCAUUCAGCGCGUACCCGGUCGUGGACGCCGAUGGCCGACUGGUGGGAAUCGUGAACAGGACCAAGCUGCUGCUCCUGGUGGAGCAAAAGACCGAGCUGGUGGGCACCGGCGAGCUCAUCGCCGUGGUCAGCCUGGCGGACACCGCGCCCGAGGUGACACACUGCAACACCCCCGUGAUGCGCGCCUACCGCCACUUCAGGGCGUCCGGCCUCCAGCACCUGUCCGUCGUGGACCACAAGCACAUUCUGCAAGGCCUCCUCACGCGCACGGACUUCGCGGCGCUCUGCCGCCCCGGCCACCACGGCGUGGAGGCGGUGCGGGCCAUCAUCUGCCGGAAGGAGGCCGCCGCGGCCGCGGGCCAGCUCGUGGCCAGCGGGAAGCAGGCCGGCCAGGACCGCGUGUCCGUCUUCGCCUCGGACAGCGACGCCGGGGCAACGACCCCCACGGCCUCGCAGUGCGGGGACGGCCCCUCGGGGCCCCAGUCGAGGUGCUCCAGCCCCUUGAAGACCCCGUCGACCCCCUUCGGGAUGACGGCGUGA